AUGCGGGUACCGGGGGGGAUGAGCCCCGCUCACGGCCUGGCCGCGGGAGAUGCGGGUACCGGGGGCUGCCGGACCGGCCCGCGCCGCCCGAGCCCCGCAGAGGCGCUGCCGAGCGGGAAGCGCCGGACGCAGCGGAGGGAAAAGCGGCUUCCCCGGGUCCGGCGGGGGAUCCCCGGCACUGGUUGGGCCGUGCCAGGCAGGCACAGCGACCCCCGGGACCCCCCGAGACCCCCGGGCAGGGACAGCGAUCCCCGGGCCCGGGAUGUCCCGGAAUCCCCCGGGCUCUCCCCGGGGCCGCUCCCGCCCUCGGCCGCGCGGGCCUCGCUCCGCCCUCUCCGCAGGUCCUGGCAGGGCCGCCGGGAGGGAGCGCGGGCGGAGCGGCCGGGCCCGGCCGGGGCGAUGCUGCCCGCGGGCUGCGGCGGGCGGGCGGCGGCGGCGCUGAGGGCGGCGCUGGGCGCGGGCGCGGAGCGGCGGCGGGAGCUGGAGCGGCGGGCGGAGCGGGGCCGGGCGCUGCUGCGGCCAUGGGACGCUGAGGAGGAGGAGGAGGAGCAGCCGCAGGCACAGCCCGGCUCCGGCGCUGGACACGAGAACAGGCCUUCACCCAAGGAGCUGGAGGAGCUGGAACUGCUGAACAGGGCCUUGGAGAAGGCACUGAAAGUCAGGAAAAGCAUCUUGAAAAUUCCAUUAGAGGCCUCGGGAGCUACAGAAAAGAAAUUGGCAGGUGAGGGCCCUGCUGGCAAGAAGGCUGAAGAGCAGCAGGUGCCUGUACCUGUCGAGGAUGUUCCUGAGAGCACAAAGGUGGGAACUGGAAGCAAAAAGCCUGGCUCUUCAAAGAAGCCCUCUGCAUACCAUCUAAGAGCCCCUUAUAGGACUGACCCAGGUGUGAAGAAGCCACAAAGGAAAGCCCCAGCCAGAUGUGUUUCUCAAGGUCCCAGGACAUCUGGGAAGAGCUCCUCAAAAGGGAGUGCCACAGAGGUCUGUGCUCCAGCUGAACCCCAAAAGACACUUGGCUCAUCCCAGUCUGCCCUAAAUGAGAAGCAAUGUUGUUUGUCUGUGGGGGAUUCAGCUGGGGGAAAGAACUCAGUACCUGCUGGCCAGAAGUUAUUUGAUGCAGGGAAGAAAGGUUGUGGUUUCCUGGGAGAGUCCAGCAAAAAGGAGGAUGCUGCAGGUGCAUCAGGAAGGAGCCCCUUACCUGGGACAGGCACCCUGCAGGAAAAGGGAUGCCAGCUGAAGCUCCCCCUUCCCUACAGGAAAGCCUAUGCCAGGAACUCCAGGGCAUGGGAGAAAUGUCAUCUGUGCCCAACAAGUGCAGAUGCAGCAGCUGCGAGGGCCCGUUUUAUGGAGAGGAUCCAGACAACUUUUUGCUCACCAAAGGCAGCCUUCAGUCCUGCAGAGAUAGAGGAGGAACUGAGGCUCCUCCAGGAUGUCCCCUCCCGUCUGAGGCAGUAUGUGGAAGCUGAGACUGCAGAUCCUCCCACUCUGCAAGGGGAAUAUGAAAGCCUUCUGACCUUGGAGGGUUUGCAAACCACAGUUGCUCAGUGCCUGCAGAAGCUGCAGCUUCUUCGAGCAGCUCUGGAGUCCCAGCUGAGGCUGCGCCCAGACUGCACUGGGGAUGUGGGAAGCUGCUCCCCAAGCUGUGUCCCUGCCAGGGGACAGAUGUGUGACACUGCAGGAGUGCUGGCUCUGCCUCUCCUGUGUUACUCCAGCUUCCAGGAGCUGAGGGACCUGUUUGCCUUGAAGCUGCAAGUGUCAAUGCUGCACCAAGAGAUUGCCUUACAAAAGGUGCUGAUGGCAGAGCUCCUGCCUGUCCUGGAGCCCAGCCCGUGCCCUGCCCGCCUGUUCCGGGCCAUCCACACCCAGCUCUGCCAGGGGGGCAGGAGCUUCCCUGUGCUGGUCAGGGACGAGCUGGGGGACUGAGCAGGGGAGCCUCCUGCUGAUGCUGCACACAGACAGAGACAGUUCUGAGUAAUAAAUCUUUUCCAUGAACUUC